CAGGGCAAGACUCCACGACCUCGUUUGUGCAGUAUAAAGGCGCCGUGGCAGCAGCUCGUAGUCACAUCACUCGCAGCCCUCACUCAGGCCUCUACCAGCUCCUCACCUGCCCAAACCCACACCACCACCACCACCGCCAUGAAGUGCACCGCUAUCCUCCUCCUGGCCCUCGCUGCCGUCGCCUUCGCCCGCCCUGACUCCAUCUUCGACUUCUCCGACGAGGACAUGCACCUUGACAUGGACAUUGAUGACUCCAACACCUACACUGGCUCCUACAGCUGGAAGUCCCCUGAAGGCAAGGAAUUCUUCGUCAAGUACAUUGCUGACAGGCACGGAUACCGCAUCGUCGAGUCCAACGCCGUGCCCGUCACUGCUAACGGUGUGCGCGCUGACGGUACCCAGGUCCCCUUCUCCUCCGAGGAAAACGACAGCUUCGAUGACUCCCACGACAGGGAUUAAGCGCGCGGUGAUCCUGGUCUUGACUGUCUGAGCGGCGGUGGACAAGGCAGUGAGGGUUCGAUAUCCACUAUCAAGUCAAAUUUGUGUUCUCUAUCAAGUGUCUCAAUGUUUUCUCGUAUAUUUCACUCGUUUCUCAUGUUUCUUCAGUCAUAGUUUAAUUUCUUUCGUGUUUUCCCUCUCUAUUCACUCACACAAACCAAUACACUAUUUAUUUAUUACACAAAAUAAUAUGCACACUAUUUAAAAACACACAAAACCACUUCUCUCACUCUCUUCCUCUCUCUCUUUCAUCUCUCCCUCUCUCCCCGCCGCCGCCGCCACGCCCUCCUCCAACACCCACCUGUCUACUCCUAUCGCCUUCCUCGCCUCCAUCGGGAAGCCUCGAGCCAGUGUUUGUCUGUCCAUCAGCCCUCUUUCUGGUAUUUGCUUGCCCUUCCCCCGGUGUGUACGUGUGUGAGUGUAUGAGUGUGCGAGUGUGUGUCCGUGUGUCUGUGUGUUUGUAUGUAUGAGAUCUCAGAAGUAAAGGUAUUGGCUGGA